UAAGAACUAAGGACGAUUCUGGAGGGAGAGAGAGAGAGAGAGAGAGAGCUCUUUCCUUUAUUCAAUUCUGGAAAUUCUUCAAUUCUUUGACCUGGUCAGGUGAUCUCUCCUCUAAAUCUGUAAGAACCCUGCAGUGAUUUUAACUUCAGUCUUUGAUUUUAAAUUUCUGUCUUUCAAUAACUCCCACGAUUCUUAGCAAUCUACGGCUAACUAUUCGGUUUCUGAAUCAAUUUCAAGUUUAAUUUUUAAGGAGAAAUUGAUAUACGAGGUUUGAAUGUGCUGAAUCCAGUGAAAUCUGAAGUUGGUUUGUGUUAAUUUUGGAAUUUAUGAUUCACUUGCAUUAAAUUGAAUUGUUGGGGCUCAACCUCUUUGUUUUGAGCGUAUUUAUCUGUUUUGUGAAAAUUAUAGCUUAUAAUUCAGUUUCCAAGUGUGUGUAGAUGGGGAAACCAUUAUUUUACGAGAUAUGGGAAAAGCCAGCUACAAGCUCUAUAAUAGGUUUAUGCAGUGUAAUUUGGUUCUGUAUUCAGAAAAAGAACAUUGGUUAUUCCCAUGUGGGCUUGAGUUAUGAGACUGCAAUUCAAGGUCACCAUUGGAGGAUAAUAACCUCGGCAUUUUCACAUAUUAGUGUUGUUCAUCUUGCUUUCAACAUGAGUGCUCUUUGGAGCCUUGGGAUUAUUGAGCAGUUAGGGCAUAUAGGCCUUGGAGUAGAGUAUUAUCUCCAUUAUACACUAGUGAUGGUUGUUUUGUCAGGGAUGCUUGUUAUUGGUAUGUACCAUCUUUUGAUACGAAGGUUCAAACUAGACUAUUUUCGAAGAGUCACUGCUGUUGGGUACUCUUGUGUUGUUUUUGGGUGGAUGACGAUCCUAUCAGUGAAGCAACCCUCAUUCAAGUUGAAUCUUUUUGGGUUUCUGUCCCUUCCUAUCAGUUUUGCGCCAUUUGAGUCCCUCAUCUUCACGUCGAUAAUUGUUCCUCAAGCGAGUUUUCUUGGUCAUUUAUCCGGAAUUAUUGUCGGCUAUGCUAUUGGCUGGGGUUUGAUACAUGGGAUGAGCAAUUACUGGGCAAUAUCUAUGUUGGGUUGGAUUGUGCUUGUAUUUAUAUUUAGUUUGAAGAAGUCGGGUACGUAUGAUUUCAGCUUUAUUGAGAUUGAACAUGUAAAUGAUCCUUCCUUGCGCUUUGUGGCUUCAGGAAAUGGCAGAACCUUGCAGAUGGGUAUGCUUCCAGGUGUUGGUGCUGACCUUGUGUAGUUUCUGGGGAAGUUUUACUUUAUAUUGUAAUGUUAUAAUUAAAUCUCUUAAAUAUUGUCAAGUCAGAUGGCUAAAUAUUGUUCUAAAGCGGGGUUGUUUGAAGCUGUUUAAUCUUCUUCUCAAACUAUUUAAUGCAUGUCAACUCUCGUAAAUGCUUCACGGAAUGUAAGAGCUAUGAUAACCUUCAUUUUUCAUGCUUCGUAGAUUAUGGGGAAAGCUCUCCAUCAUAUUGAAUCUUGGUCAUGCAGAUCUUGUACCAAUUUAUUUUUUAUUUUUAUU